AUGAUACGUGAUCGCAAUACCGGCCGCGCAGAUUUCAUCUUCUACAGCAACCGCAUAAUCCGUUUGCUUGUCGAAGAAGGUCUCAACCACCUGCCAACAGAGUCCCAGGAGAUCACCACCCCAGUAGGUCGCACCUACUCCGGUGUCAAGUUCGAGGGCAAGAUCUGUGGUGUCUCGAUUAUGCGUGCGGGAGAGUCCAUGGAGCAGGGUUUGAGGGACUGCUGUAGGAGCGUACGCAUAGGAAAGAUCUUGAUUCAGCGGGACGAGGAGACUAGUAAGCCGAAAUUGUACUACGACAAGUUGCCUGAGGACAUUGCCGACAGAUGGGUCUUGUUGCUGGAUCCUAUGCUGGCUACUGGUGGUUCGGCACUCAUGGCGAUCGAUGUGCUCAAGUCGCGGGGCGUGCCAGAGGAGCACAUUCUCUUCCUCAACCUCAUUGCCAGCCCAGAAGGCGCACAAAACCUUGCGGAUAAGUUCCCCAAGGUGAGAGUGGUCACUGCCUUUGUUGAUGCGGGUCUGGACGAGAAGAACUACAUCGUCCCUGGACUGGGUGACUUUGGCGACCGUUUCUACACCAUGUAA